GCACACAGCAGCGUCUCUGCACGCCGUCCUAACCGGGGCUGGAAAGGGGGCUUGCCUGCUUGCCUGCUUGCCAGGACAGGACGGGAGCGCAAUCUAUGCUACACACCAUGGCGCCCUCCAGCGCCCUUCCGCCGUCUUCUGCACCGCCCGAGACGGCCACUACCUCGUUCCUCCUUGCCAAUUUGCAUUGUCCCACCUGCGUUUCUACUAUAAAGGAGGCCCUGCACUCGUCAUGUCGAGGCCAUAUCAGAUGGGUUUCGCCAAACGUUGUCACUUCCGUGGUGACUGUAGAACACGACCCCGCCGCCUCGCUCAAGGAGAUGCACAAGGCCCUAGAAGAAAGCGGGUUUGAAGUAUGUGGUGUGACUACGACAUCCGCCGCCGACAUGUCAGGUCUUGAGCUCGAGGACGCCGAUAUACCUGCGAGCCAGAGCCCCGCCGAGGGCAGCGGCAGCGGCAGCGGUACCGGCCAUACUGCCGGUCGCUCGCCGUCGGCUUUCGCAAGGUGGAUGGCGUCUCCGAAACGGGGUCCCAAGUCCCAGCCCUCAAAGUCCCAGAAAGCUCAGCUUCAUCUCCUAAACUGCCAGCAGUGUCGCAGCAGCACACGUGGCCCCGAGCUGGACGAGAAGCAGCUCCACGAAAUCACGUCACACUUAUCUGGUCUAACGUUGGACAAGUCCACCAAGUCGGAGCCGCCGACCACAUUGUCAUCCAAGUCCUUCGUCAUCAUCGGGAAUGAUGAGCCGAGCCUCUCGGAACAGCAACCUCUAUGGAGGGCCACGCUAGCCAUCGGAGGGAUGACGUGUGCCGCGUGUGUGAACAUCAUCACCAGCGAACUCAGCAAACGCGACUUCAUCUCCAACGUCGUCGUCAACCUAGUCAACAACAGCGCGGCCGUCAACUUGACGAACAAGCAAAAGGCCGACGACCUGGUCGAGGCGAUCGAAAAUCUCGGGUAUGAGGCGACCCUCGACACCGUGGUCGACCUCAACCAGCGCAAACCCAAACCGCAAGAAAACUCCGACACGUGGCGAGCGACAUUGGCCAUUGGGGGUAUGACGUGUGCAGCCUGCGCAAACAACAUCACCAAGGAGAUGAAGAAGAGGGACUGGGUCAGAGACAUCACGGUCAACCUCCUCUCCAACAGUGCCACAAUAGAGUUUCAGGGCGAGACUAACGCGGAAAAGCUGGUCGAGGCCAUUGAGGACUUGGGGUAUGACGGGGCGAUCGACACCGUCGUCAGCAUCACCCAGGAGGCGCAGGAGGCGCAGGAGGUGCAUGAGCGGACGGUGGAGAUCAGGGUGGACGGGCUCUACUGCGAGCACUGCCCGUCACGCGUAGCAAACAGCCUCGCCGGGUUCCGGCAGCAGCUGGCCGUCAUCACGGAGCCCACUCGUCAGCGUCCUAUUGUCAAGGUCUCGUACGUACCAGAGGCUCCCGCUUUCACCAUCCGCCAGAUACUGGCCGCCAUCGAGGCGAGCGACCCGGAGUUCAAGGCGUCCAUAUUCUACCCGCCAACGCUCGAGCAGCGGUCCAAGCUCAUCCAGCGCAAGCAUCAGAAGCAGGUCCUCUGGCGCACCGUCUUCACCGGGCUCGUCUGCAUCCCGAGCUUUGUCAUUGGGAUUCUGUUCAUGAGCCUGCUCCCCGACAGCGAAUCCAAGAUGUACAUGAUGAUGCCGUGGACGUCGGGCAUCAGCCGGGCGCAGAUGGCACUGUUCAUCAUGGCCACGCCCGUCUACUUCUUCGCCGCCGACCUCUUCCACGUGCGCGCGUUCAAGGAGAUCAGGACCCUGUGGAGGCGCGGCAGUAGGGUACCGUUCUUCCAGCGGUUCUACCGCUUCGGCAGCAUGAACACGCUCAUGUCGCUCGGCACCACUGUUGCCUACAUCUCGUCGGUGAGCCAGCUGAUCGCAGCGGCGGUGGAGCAGCCCUCGACGAUCAGCGACACGAACUUCUACUUCGACUCUGUCGUGUUUUUGACCUUCUUCCUGCUGCUAGGAAGGUUGAUUGAGAGCUACAGCAAGUCGAGGACCGGCGACGCCGUAGAGAUGCUCGGCAAACUCCGCCCCACUACGGCGAUUCUCGUAGACGGGUACGGGUCCGGGAAGGAGGAGGACGUCGUAGUCCAGGCCGACUUGCUCGAUUUCGGCGACGUCGUGCGCGUCCAGCAUGGCGCCUCGCCGCCGUCAGAUGGCACGGUCGUCCAGGGCGAGAGUAACUUUGACGAAUCCAGCCUGACGGGCGAGUCUCGCCUGGUGAAGAAGGCGCCUGGCGACGAGGUGUUCUCGGGAACGGUCAACAAGGACGCCUCUCUCUUGGUGCGCAUCACCGGCACGGCUGGCCAGUCGCUGCUGGACAAAAUCGUGAGCGUCGUCCGCGAGGGCCAGACCAAGCGAGCGCCCAUGGAGCACGUUGCUGACCUCUUGACAACGUAUUUUGUUCCCGUCGUUACGCUCAUCGCGAUUUUAACAUGGAUCAUCUGGCUAUCCAUGGGCUUGAGCGGGCGGAUCCCAGGCCAUUUCCUGUUCACUACCUCUGGCGGCUGGGUAGCCUUUUCCCUGCAGUUUGCGAUUGCCGUCUUCGUCGUGGCGUGUCCUUGUGGCCUUGCUCUCGCGGCACCCACGGCCAUCUUCGUGGGUGGCGGAAUUGCAGCGAAACAUGGCAUUCUAGCCAAGGGCGGAGGCGAGGCCUUCGAAAAGGCGAGCCGGAUCGACUGCGUUGUCUUCGACAAGACCGGGACGCUGACAGUGGGAGGGGAGCCCAGCAUCACAAAUUCGGAGACGUACCGAAGCGACGACGGCCAAGAGAAAGAUGCUGGGACAGUGUGGGAAACCGUCCUAGCGGUGCUCAGGGCAGUAGAGGAAAACAGCAGCCACCCAGUUGCCAAGGCGAUCGUGGCAUUUUGCACAAGGGAAAUGUCUUCAAGAGUUCAGAUCGAGAACGUACAGGAAAUCCCAGGCAAAGGGCUCAAAGGGACCUACAAAGGAGCCACUCCAGAGGAAUCUUUUGAGCUCGCCGUCGGCAAUGAAGCGUUUAUGGACGACGUCUCGGCCGCUAUUCCGCCACAGUCAAGCAUCGGAACGUGGAAGCACGAGGCAAAGUCUGUGGCACUCGUGGCGACUCGGCCUGUUCACGGCCCUCGCUCCGCUGACUGGGGAGUUGUUGCUGCACUCGCGAUCUCCGACCCCAUCAGGCCAGAGGCGCCGCCGAUCAUCCAAGCGCUCCAGGCCAGAGGCACCCGGGUGUGGAUGCUUUCGGGCGACAACCCCGUCACGGCGGCCGCCGUAGCAAAGCAGCUCGGCAUCUCGUCGGACCAAGUCAUCGCCGGCGUGUUGCCGACGGAGAAGGCGGCCAAGAUCAAGUACCUGCAGUCGACGCUCAAGGCGCGCACCGGCGCCAAGACCGAGUCGAGCACGCGCCGCGCCUUCGUGGCCAUGGUCGGCGACGGCAUCAACGACAGCCCGGCGCUAGCGACGGCCGACGUAGGCGUGGCGAUCGGCUCCGGCUCCGACGUGGCCAUCAGCAGCGCCGAUUUUGUUCUUGUCAAGAGCGACCUACGCGCCGUGGUCACGCUGCUCGACCUCUCUGCCACCGUGUUCCGCCGCAUCAAGUUCAACUUUGGCUGGGCGCUCGUCUACAACUGCCUCGCCGUCCCCGUGGCCGCCGGUGCGUUCUAUCCCAUCACCAGCAACGGCAACCACGUGCGGCUCGACCCCGUGUGGGCCAGUCUCGCCAUGGCCCUCAGCAGCAUCAGCGUCGUGCUGAGCUCGCUAGCGCUGCGGACCCGUCUGCUGGGGUUCCGGGAGAGGCGCAUCGCGGUUCCCGGCAGCAAUGUGUCGGGACCCGUAGCGACAGCCGAGACGGUUGUUGUCAAAUCUUAGGCUAACUGAGCGAGAAUGGACUGAGAUGUUGUGGAGGCUCACAGACUAUUCUUUGCAGGAAAUUUUGGAGUCUAUAAUGGUUGCUGUCGUUUCGUGUAGAUACCCCUAUUCUAUAAUCUCGGGCUCUUUCGUUUUAGCUGUCAGGUAGCAAUCAAAUUAACUAGGUCUAGAAAUCUGUAGCUAGU